AUGACCACUUCUGCUGGGAAGCAGAUCGUUCAGUAUGGCCUCACCGAAGUCUACUCCGCAAUCGAUCCAGUUGUCGACAUCGUGUUCGUGCAUGGAUUGAAUGGCCACCCUCACGACACAUGGUCCACGAAAAAGCCCAAGGUCUUCUGGCCAGCUGACCUCCUUCCUGCGGCUCUCGAAGAGCAGAGACCAAGAAUCCUGACCUACGGCUACGAUGCGAAUGUAACAGCGUUCACGGAUGGGGUUUCAAAAGACAAGAUACACAAUCAUGCGGAGCAUCUUGCCAGUCGAUUGGUUGCCAACAGGUCGCUGAAAAAAGCUACUGAACGCCCCAUUAUCUUCGUCGCCCAUUCCCUUGGAGGUCUAGUCGUCAAACGAUGCCUGAUAUACUGUCAAAGCAUACGACCCCACCAACAUACGGAAAGGCUGAGGUCGAUCUACGUUUCCACCUACGGCAUCCUCUUCCUCGGUACUCCUCACAAUGGCUCUGACCUGGCAAAAUGGGGUUCCUUGCUCGAGAAGAUCUGUGCUGUGGCACUUCCGAAGAAGUUCUUCGAUACCUCUCCCCAGCUGGUACAAGCAUUGCAGACCAACAAUGAAACUCUCCAGAAUAUCAAUAGGCUCUUCAUCGAGAUUAUUGGACGUUAUCACAUUUAUUUCUUCCAUGAGUCGAAACCGACAGAUUUGAAAGGAACCUUGGCCUUCGUAGUUGAAGAGGACUCUGCCGCCCCAGUCAUCGAAGGCGUCGAGCGGAUGGGCAUUGAGAAAGAUCACAGUCAUAUUUGCAAGUUUGAGGACGAAUCGAGCCCUGGAUAUGAUGUAGUGGCAGAAGCCAUUCAGAGAUAUGCCACUGAUGCACAAUCCCUCAUUCGCUCUCGGUGGGAUCAAGAGAAACAGAUGGCUGGGUUUGAAAGGCAAGCGGCGGCACGAGAAUUGCUGGGCGGUGAGUACGCUUACGAUAUAUCCGUCCGCGACAAUACUGAGAAUUCCGCAGACAGCAUAUUCCAGACAAGCCCAGGGGUCUCGGGCACUGCAACUCCAGUACCGGGAGCCCAACAAACGAUACAAUCCAAUCCGAUGGGUGCGCCCUCUCCCCGACAGAUUCCCACCUCGACUUCACCUCAGUAUGAGGUUGAAGAACUCGAGGACGAUCUCAUCACUGCACCUCAUUGA